AUGAAUCAACGAAAUGAUCAAUUAAUAAAUCAAUUAAAAAAUUUAACAAAUACACAAAUACACAUUCAACCAGCUAAUUUAACUGAUGGACAGGUUAGAAUUUUAAAAGGUGGUAAUUAUAUUUUGUAUGAUUAUUCAUUAACAAAACAAGUUAUUGCAAAUUUUACUGGAACCAUUAUUCAUGCAAUACCACCAACACUUACUAUUGUCUAUUAA